AGUCACGAGUGUCUGUUAUUGUCCUAAGAUUUAUUGUCAUUAUCCCGUUUAACCUUGUCAGUAACAGUAGUCUGUGUCAUUGACAUUUCAAAUGGGUGAAACCGGUGAGGUCCAAGCUCCUGUUUCGGAUUCAGAGAAACCGAAGAGACAACCGAGCUCCAGGAACUUAAAGAGGAAGUUUUCAGCUGAAGAAGAGUCUCCCCCCGAGAACAACAGCAGGAGUGUGCGACGGUCACUGCGAAGAGGAAGCUCGUUCACCUUCCUCACCCCGGGACCACAAUGGGACUUCAGCCUGAAACGGAAGCGCAGAGAGAAGGAUGACAGCGACGCCGUCAGCCUCUGCAGCUUCGACUUUAAGGUAAAACACAUCGGCUGA